AGAAGGAAGCAGAACAAGUUUUCUGCUUCCUCUCUUAUUUUCAAAAUGAGAUUUGACACCUUACUGAAUGCAGCAAAAACAAUGCUGGUUUUAUGUCUUACUGAACUCGUAAGUUUUCUUCUGGUUGAAGGAACUGAAUCACUUCAAAAAUCCAGUCAAAGUGAAAAAUGUCUUUCCCCAAUGAAUAUAACCCAUGAAAUAAUAACGAAAGUGAAAAUGGAAAUACCAAAAUGUCAGAACUCAUGUAACUCCGAUACUGCGAUGGACUGUGCAGAUAUUUUGCAUGCAGGACACACUAAAAGUGGCGUAAUGACCAUCUGGCCAAAAAGCAGAGUCAUCGAAGGUUCCCCUUUGAAUGUUUACUGCGACAUGAAAACAGACGGUGGAGGCUGGACUGUAAUACAGAGGAGAGGAAAUUUUUCUAGACCAAAAGAUUUUUUUACUAAAGGCUGGUCAGAGUACAAAAAAGGCUUCGGAAAUGUUGAGAAAGACUUUUGGUUAGGUAAUGACAACAUAUUUGCUUUGAGCAACCAGAAGAUGUACUCUGUGCGAUUUGACCUGAAAGAUGUUGAAGGCAACACACGAUACGCCAUGUAUGACCUGUUCUGGAUUGAUGACGAAGAUCACCAGUACACUCUGCACAUUAAGGACUAUAGUGGUGAUGCUGGUGAUUCUAUGAUUGCACAACAUGAUGGCCAAAAGUUUUCCACAAAGGAUAAAGACAAUGACAAUAUGCCAGAAGAGUUCUGCUCUGAACGGUAUAAGGGAGGGUGGUGGUACAACAAAUGCCACCAUUCGAAUCUCAACGGUUUGUACUUGGGAGGAAAGCAUGAAAGUUUUGCUGAUGGCGUAAACUGGCUCACAUGGAAAGGAUACAAAGAAUCUCUGGCCGAAACAGAAAUUAAAAUAAGACCCAGACGUUUUGUGAAGGUGUCUCAGACGAGGUUUGUUGAAACACCAAUGCAUUAAAAGAAUUCCAGAUUGAAGGAAACUAAAGUAGUAGUUGCUUGAAGUUUUGCAUCAAAAGGCAAAAAACUACCUUUAAGAGCUGCUGUCUUACAAACUAGUAAGAUUUAUGUUUCUGUAUUGAAAAAGAAGA